UGUUGUGAUAAACUUAUUAAAUAGAUCAUCAAAUGGCUGAUUGCGACAUUGAAGUGAUUGAGGUUGAGACAGAGAAGAAGACUUCUUCUGCAAAGAAGGUCAAAAAUGAAUCGGACCAAAAUGAAUCAGGUAAAGUAGAAGUGGAAACUGAGGCAAUGGAAACAGAUGCAACGAACGAAGAGGCGAAGGAUGAUGUUAUUGAAAUUGUUAACAAGGGUGAUACAAAAGCAGAAGCUACUGAAGUAGCUGAGGUCACUGGCAUCAAAAGUUCUGAGAAGCCAGAGGUUGUGGAUAUUACAGAUGAGAAGAGUAAACAACCAGAAGAAACCGAUAAUAAGAAUCAGGAACCAGUCACGGUUGAAGACGACUCAGAUAGCGACAAUGAUUGUACUCUGGCAGUGCUGGCUAAGUCGGCCAAGAAGGAGAAGCUGAAAUUGGAAGCAUCCAAAUUGGGCGCGAAGCCACUUGAAGAUCUAUUCGCCACCACAGGGGAGGAACAACUCACAGCUGCUGAAACAGAAGAGCGGAAGAAGAGAGCGAUUGAAUUGCGGAAACAGGCGGAAGAAAAGCGAGCUGAGGAGAAGCGCGCGAGGGAAGAGGAGAAAAAGCGACGUGAUCAGGAGAAGCAGGAAGAGGCGGAACGGACUAAAAAGGAGAAGGAGGAGGCAAAGAAAAUAGCGAACGAGAAGAAACUGGAGGAGAAGAGACUCAAGGCAGAGGAGAGAGACAAACUGAAGAAAGAAGAGGACAAACUCAAUAAGCAGAAGCACAUUGACUUCCAGAAGAUAGAGAGAGACGAGGCAAGACGGCUGAUUGAGGAGAAACGCCAGGAGGAGAGGAGGAAGCGGGAGGAGGCGAAGGAGGAGGAGAAGAAAGUGAAGGAGGAGGAGCGAGUGAAGAGAGAGGAGGAGAAACUACAGAAGGAGCAGGAGAGGCUGCAGAAGGAACAGGAACGUAUGCAGAGGGAGAGGGAAAAGCAGCAAAAAGAGCAAGAACGACAGCACAAGAUGAAAGAGGCGGAAAAGCAGCGACAAGAAAAGGAAGAGACUAGACGACUGGCGGAGGAGGAGAAAAAGAAGGCAGAAGAGCGGGAGAAUCUUAAGCGACAGAAGCAGAAGCAGUUUUUCGGUAGUUUCUUCCGCUCUCCCGGUGGGGCUAGCGUGCCGUCGGGUGUAAGUCGCCGCAGCUCAGCGGGUGAUGCGUUGACUGCCGAUGGUGGCGAUGGGAUUAAAGAUGCGGAUAUAAUGGAAGUGUUACCGAAUGGACAAGUCAAACCAGUCAUAGACGAGAGUAAGAAUAGUCGAAGAUACAUUGGGCCGUUUGUGGCGUUCGAGCCUCUCCCGGGCAUGCAACUGAUGCCUCAUAGGAGGAGACCGAAGCUUGACACAGAGGCAUUCGACGCUGCGUGUCUCCAACAGGACCAAGAAGUAUCCAUAAGCACUGUCUUCAAUGAAGAGCGCAAAGUUGUGACCAAGCGGAACCUUCACGCGCUUAUGAAAGACUUCACACUGACAGAUGGUCAAAAUGAGACGGAAGGAGUUCCGAUUGCGUAUCUGAAACAGAGGCAUGCCUCCAAAUCCAAACAAACAGUUGGACUCACUGUCAAAAUGAAGAGAGAUUCUAGUUUUGUCGGAUAUUUGAGAGAAUUAAUUGUUGACUCUGGCGAAUCUUCUGACGAUUCAAAUGAUUCGAAGAAACAUCCAAGCGAUGAUCUGAAAAAUAGUGCGGACAAAGUCAAGUCUUCAGAAAUGAAAGAAUCCAAUGUUGUUCCUGAACCUUCAUCUGAUGUCGAUGAGGAUGAAUUGAAAGUGGUUCAACCAUCAUCGGAAGUUAUCGAGACUCAAGAUGCAGGUUUAAAAUCAGACAAAACGGAUGUCAUCAAUUUAGCAGAAGAUUCAAUUGUUGUAUUGGAUGGACCUUCCGAAAAUGAAACUGAAACACAAGAUGCAGUUGAAGAAAAAUAUGAAUUGCAGAAACUGAAUUUCAAGGAUAUCAAAGAGUUAGAUUUGUUCCUUCUGCAGCCCACAAACUCUGGUUCUCGUAAGUUUUUGAUGCGUGGCAAGUACAUUCGGAUCCGACACUAUGGCGAAGACAAGUCGUGGCUAGACUAUUUCGGCAGCUGGCGCAAACUGCCCCUCCCCGACUGCCCCUUAUACAGGAGACCCGUCAUGAAGCUAGAGAAGUUCUUUGACUACAACGAGGAGGAUGACUUCUACUCUGACGUGGAGGAGGCGGGAGAGAGUGUGGACGAAUCAGGGGACGAAGUAGCAGCUGGAGGGAGUGGCGCGGAGGAUGAGAACGAGUACGACUACGAGGACGAGGGCUUCCUGGUGCCCCACGGAUACCUCUCGGAGGAGGAAGGAGGAGAGGGCGAACAGGCCGACACAGAGAACCUGAAGAAGCAGACGAAGGAGUGGGAGGCGAGGUUCAAGAAGAAGUGUGUUAAGAUGGUGCCUAGGAUGGUCGGACCCUACUACCUCUCGGCAGACAUGGACCCCAGCAAACCAGUUGAGUUGAUCCAGUUGUCCGCCGUGUUCCUAUGCGACACCUCACAACCCAUUCAAGUGUUCUCGACUGACGACGAGCAGUGUCGUGCUAACAAGGACAAGUUAGGGCAGAAGAAGAAGAAUGGGGAGGGAGAGAAUGUGGUGACAGUGAUUCCGAAGGCAGCCAUGCCCAGCCUCAUCCGGUUGGUGCACGGGAACACGAAGGGACUCAAACUGCUGGUGGAGGAGUUCAGGGCAUUCUGGGCCAAGGAGACUGAGACCCUGGAAAACCCACAGGGAGACAAUCUAUCCAGGAAGAAGCUGGAGAUCAAGAUUCUGUCGAUGGCCGAUCGAGAGAAGAGGGAAAAAGAAUUCGUGAAAGUCUGUUGGUACGUCAGCAAAGAAGUGCUAAGACAGUACAGACUAUCGAAAUUGCCGGUGCCUAACCCCAGUUGCAACUCUACCACUGGAAAAGAGAACCAGAAGGAGGAAGAUAAAAGUACCACACCUGGUAUCAAAACUUUCGACAUUACCGAACCUCCGAGCAAGAGAGCCAAAAUCGCAAACCACUGAUGAUGGUUUUUGUUUUCGAUGCAAUAACGAACACAUCCGAUGCAAUAUUUUAUUUGCUAGAACUAUUUUGGAGUUGUUUUGUGAAGAUUGUUUUAGAAUGCGUAUGUUGAUGACCUACUGGUUUUAAUUAUUAUU